AUGUCGGAAGGAGAGGCUCCCGCCCCGCGGGGCCGGGCGCUGCCCCCGGACGUGCUGGCGGAGCAGGUGGAGCUGUGGUGGUCCCAGGAGCCGCGGCGCUCGGCGCUCUGCUUUGCCACGGCCGUGGGCCUGGUGGCCGGCUGCGGGGCGGGCGGCGUGGCGCUGCUCGCCUCCACCAGCAGCCGCUCGGGCGAGUGGCGGCUGGCGGCGGGCACGGCGCUCUGCCUGCUGGCCCUGCUGGUGCUGGUGAAGCAGCUGAUGAGCUCGGCCGUGCAGGACAUGAACUGCGUGCGGCAGCCCCAGCACGUGGCCCUGCUGCGCAGCGGCGGCGGCGCCGACGCCCUGGUGGUGCUGCUCAGCGGCCUGGUGCUGCUGGUCGCCGGCCUGGCGCUGGCCGGGCUGGCCGCCGCCCCGGCCCCCGCCCGGCCGCUCACCGCCAUGCUGUCCGUGGGCAUCGCCCUGGCGGCCUCCGGCUCGCUCCUGCUGCUGGGCCUGCUGCUGUACCAAGUGGGCGUGCGCGGGCGCUGCCCUCCCCUCCGCGCCGCUGCCCCCUCCGCCCGCGGGGACCACGGCGGCGGCAGCAUCUUCAGCAUCUCAGGACGGCUCUCUGCUGGCCAGCGUCAGGAGACCACGUCCAGCAUCGCCAGCCUCAUCUGA